AUGCCCCUGGCCCCGGUGCGCUCUGGGACUGGCCCGCUGCGGAGGUGCUCCCAUGAGGAAUGUGAAGCGCGCUUUGGCCCCUGUGAUGUUGAUCAUGUCUACUACAUGUCAAAGGUCUACAGUCCCACAGACGCAUUGAGAGCAGAGCUGUGGGUGAACUUCAGUGAACGUCAGGAAACAUGGAGGAACCACGGCUCUCUGCCAAAUCUGCACCGACAGGCCAAGAGAGUGCGUCUGUCCUUUGACUUCCCUUUCUACGGUCACCUCCUGAAGGAAGUCACUGUGGCCACUGGUGGUUUUAUUUACACUGGAGAGGUGAUGCACCAGCUGCUCACAGCCACACAGUACAUCGCUCCCCUGAUGGCCAACUUCGACCCGAGCCUCUCCCAAAACUCCUCUGUGUUUUACUUUGAUAACGGCACAGCUCUGGUGGUGCAGUGGAGUGACAUUCACCUGCAAGACAACUCCAAUCUCGGACCUUUCACUUUCCAGGCCACUCUGCACAAAGAGGGGCGCAUCGUGUUUGCAUACAAACAGAUCCCAGUGGACAUCAGUCUCAUCAGCACUGACCAUCAUCCCGUCCGAGUGGGUUUGUCUGACGCUUUUGUGGUGCUGCAUCAAAUCGAGCAGAUUCCAAAUGUGCGGAGGAAAACCAUUUAUGAAUAUCAUAAAGUGGACAUCCUCAAGUCUUCAAUAUCGAGUUGCACAGGAGUUGAGUUUUUUCCUCUUCCAACGUGCCUCCAGUUCUCCAGCUGUGGUCUGUGCGUCUCUUCUCAAAUCGGAUUCAACUGUAGUUGGUGCAGUCGACUUCAGAAAUGCUCCAGUGGUUUUGACCGUAACCGCCAGGACUGGGUGGACCACGGCUGUCUGGACGAGAGGCGUGACCCUCGUUGUGUCCAGACUUCAGACCCCUCCUUCUCUCUCCCUUCCACCCAGAGCACCACGUCUGCCCAGUCUGCAGCGGGACAGCACAGGGGGACUACAGCCGACCCCCAAAACAGCACACAGGGAGAGGGCAAUACCUCACACAGUAACACAAGCAAGAGGACAGUCUCAACUAAACAACCUCCUACUGAAAACAGAGGUCCUGAUGAGGUCCCGGACCAGGUGGGUCUUGUGGUGGGCGUUGCUGUAGGGACCGUUGUCAUAACAGCAGCGGUUCUUCUGUCUCUGUACGUUUACAUCCACCCGACCUCCGGCCUCAGCCUGUUUUUCAUAGAGCGCCGCCCAACCCGUUGGCCUAUGCUGCAGUUUCGCCGAGGCUCCGGUCGGCCCUCGUACGCCGAGGUGGAGCUCACGGGGCGGGACCUGGACAGUACUGUGGUCAUCGACCCCAAACAGGCCUUCAUCAUCUCAGACCGAAGGGAGAGUGAGCAAAAGGAGGGCUUUGUAGUCCCAGACCAACGAGAGCGCUUCCUCCUGUCUGACAACUCCUGACAAAACAACUACAAAUCUCAGCAUACUUUGAGACUGUGAUGGGUCCGAUUCUUUAUUGAAUGCGGAGGCGGUGCACAGCAUUC